CAGUCACAGUAGGCGUGACAUAGCCACUAUAUAAGUGACAGUCACGAGCAUCCUGAAGCUGCGUGCUGUUUACUUCGACAUCAGGUUACAAACAAGAACAAUGAGUACACUAUCGUGUGUGUGCCUGCUAGCCUGCGUGGUCCUGGCACUGACUUGCCAGCCGGGUGUUAACAGUCCUUGUUGCAUGUGCGGUCCUAAUAUCACUGUUACUAUGGAAGUGGUGAACAGCAUCAAGCCACCCACGUUCAAGUCCUGUGUCAAGCUUGAGAUGCAUCAGAGAGAACUCAUCUACUUCCUUCAGGAGGCCGUCGCCAUCGACCAGCUCUUCCAGUUUACCAACAAGAACAAUGCAUACACUAUCGUGCAUGAGUCUGCUGGCCUGCUUUGUGGUUCACGCACUGACUGGCCAGGAGAGUGUCACCUGCCCUUGUUGCAUGUGCGGUCCUAAUAUCACGGUCAUCAUCAAUGUGGAGAAUAGCCUCAAGUCGCCGACGUUCAAGUCUACUGUCAAGCUUGAGAUGAAACCUCAGAGAGAACUCAUCUACUUCCUACAGGAGGCCGUUGCCAUCGAUCCGCAUUUCCAGUAGGAUUACUGCUGCAUUAAUACUUGGUCCUCAGUUAGAUACUACCAUCUCUGCAUACUUCAUCCUAGGUCCUCAGUCAGAUACUACUAGCCUUGCUCACCUCCUCCUGUAACCUCUGAUAGAUACUACUGGCCUUGCACACCCCCUCCUGGGUUCUCAGAUAGAUACUACUAGCCUUGCACACCUACUCCUGGGUUCUCAGAUAGAUACUACUAGCCUUGCACACCUACUCCUGGGUUCUCAGAUAGAUACUACUAGCCUUGCACACCUACUCCUAGGUCCUCAGUCAGAUACUACUAGCCUUGCAUACCUGGCCUCCUCCUGGGUUCUAAGAUAGAUACUACUAGCCUUGCACACCUCCUCCUGGGUUCUCAGUCAGAUACUACUAGCCUUGCACACCUCCUCCUGGGUUCUAAGAUAGAUACUACUAGCCUUGCACACCUCCUCCUCGGUUCUCAGAUAGAUACUACUAGCCUUGCACACCUCCUCCUGGGUUCUAAGAUAGAUACUACUAGCCUUGCACACCUACUCAUGGGUUCUCAGUCAGAUACUACUAGCCUUGCACACCUCCUCCUGGGUUCUAAGAUAGAUACUACUAGCCUUGCACACCUACUCCUGGGUUCUCAGAUAGAUACUACUAGCCUUGCACACCUACUCCUGGGUUCUCAGAUAGAUACUACUAGCCUUGCACACCUACUCCUAGGUCCUCAGUCAGAUACUACUAGCCUUGCAUACCUGGCCUCCUCCUGGGUUCUAAGAUAGAUACUACUAGCCUUGCACACCUCCUCCUGGGUUCUCAGUCAGAUACUACUAGCCUUGCACACCUCCUCCUGGGUUCUAAGAUAGAUACUACUAGCCUUGCACACCUCCUCCUCGGUUCUCAGAUAGAUACUACUAGCCUUGCACACCUCCUCCUGGGUUCUAAGAUAGAUACUACUAGCCUUGCACACCUACUCCUGGGUUCUCAGUCAGAUACUACUAGCCUUGCACACCUCCUCCUGGGUUCUAAGAUAGAUACUACUAGCCUUGCACACCUACUCCUGGGUUCUCAGUCAGAUACAACUAGCCUUGCACACCUCCCCCUGGGUUCUCAGAUAGAUACUACUAGCCUUGCACACUUCCUCCUGGGUUCUCAGUCAGAUACUACUAGCCUUGCAUACCUCCUCCUGGGUUCUCAGAUAGAUACUACUAGCCUUGCACACCUCCUCCUGGGUUCUCAGAUAGAUACUACUAGCCUUGCACACCUCCUCCUUGGUUCUCAGAUAGAUACUACUAGCCUUACACACCUCCUCCUCGGUUCUCAGAUAGAUACCACUAGCCUUGCACACCUCCUCCUGGGUUCUCAGAUAGAUACUACUAGCCUUGCACACCUCCUCCUUGGUUCUCAGAUAGAUACUACUAGCCUUACACACCUCCUCCUCGGUUCUCAGAUAGAUACCACUAGCCUUGCACACCUCCUCCUGGGUUCUCAGAUAGAUACUACUAGCCUUGCACACCUCCUCCUCGGUUCUCAGAUAGAUACCACUAGCCUUGCACACCUCCUCCUAGGUUCUAAGAUAGAUACUACUAGCCUUGCACACCCGCUCCUGGGUUCUCAGAUAGAUACUACUAGCCUUGCACACCUCCUCCUUGGUUCUCAGAUAGAUACUACUAGCCUUCCCCGAUAGAUACUACUAGCCUUGCUCACCUAUUCAUGGGUUCUCAGAUAGUUACAACUAGCCUUGCACACCUCCUCCUGGGUUCUUGGAUAGCUACUACUAGCCUUGCACACCUAUUCCUGGGUUCUCAGAUAGAUAGCACUUUCCACACAGUGCUAGACCAGUCCAGUUUCCCCAGAACACUACAGACUUUUCCAUACAUAUAUUUUACGCUUGGUAUUCAGCCAUGCUAUUCCGGUAGUUUACAGAUAAUUCGAGUAUCUUAAUAUAAUCACCACUCACCAAUGCUUACAUUUAAUGUACAGUAUAGUAUUACAUACCUGAAAACGAAUCAUUGUUCAAAUGCAAUGCAAUGAAUUCCUACUGAAUCUCAACAGAUUCAAUGUUAUACAGUUACGAUCAUUAGUUAUCAAUAAAUCACAUGCCAAAAACACGAGGUCCUCACUCCUUAUUUCUGUCAGACAUCAACUUCUUCUGUAGGACAACAUCUUCUUCUCAAGGACAACACCCCGGUCAGACAACACCUUCUUCUGUCACACAACACUUUCUCCUGUCAGAUAACACCUUCUUCUGUCAGACAACACCUUCUUCUGUCAAACAUAAAAAUUCUUCUGUCAGACAACACCUUCUUCUGUCAAACAAUACCUUCUUCUGUCAGACAACACCUUCUUCUGUGAAACAAUACCUUCUUCUGUCAGACAACACCUUCUUCUGUCAAACAAUACCUUCUUCUGCCAAACAACACCUUCUUCUGUCACACAACACCUUCUCCUAUCAGAUAACACUUUCUCCUGUCAGAUAACACU